AAUGCCCUUCCUCACGAGGCGUUUCUUCCCUGUUCUACUUUUCCUUUUCACCCCUCUCUUUAUUUGACCUUCCUCACGACAUCGUUAGAGAGAGAGAGGAUUGAGGGGAGCGGCGGCUUGAUUCAUGUUUUUGCUCGCUUACGAUCGCAAUUCACUGCGAGCUGAGGAGGGCUGGGAUUUCAUCCAACGGCGGGGCGAACGGAGUUCAAAGGUCUCGAUCCGUCACUCGAUCGAUGUUUUUCUCGUUACACCUUCUUGGAAUCGAUAUCACGGUUCUGUAGUGAAUCCCAUUGCUCGAUUGGUCUGUGAGAUUCGGAGAUCGGCUCAAAGAUCGGAUCUUGGUUAAGCUUUCUGGGACGGGCCAGGGGAGAUGGAUGCAGCAGAUGAGAACAACCAACACGGAGUGAGACCUGCAAUUUUACAAGAUAUGGGCGAACGAAGAGCACUCCGGGAUAUAAAGAAUUUUGCCUGUGCUCCGUCACUUACUUGUGCGAUCAGUAAGAAGAAUUUUGCGUCUACAUUGGAAAGCAAGCCACAAACUUCUCAUCAGGAUGCACACAUUGGAAAGGAGAACCAGUAUAAAGCACAUGUGCCAUUACCAAUGAGCUCAAAUUAUUCUAAUAUUUGUGGCGAGAAAGAUGUAAAUGGCACCGUGGUUGAUGAGGUGGAGGAAAUGAAGAACCAUGACCUCAAGGAUGCCCAAGUCAAAAUGGAAGAUCAUGUCACUAUUUCAUUUCCAGACAUUGAUAGUGGUGAUUUGUAUAAUCCACUUGCAGCUGUCACAUAUGUUGAAGACAUAUACACAUUUUACAGGAAAAUUGAGGUUACAGGCUGUGUAAGCCCCGAUUACAUGUCUCACCAGUUUGACAUCAACGAAAAAAUGAGAGCCAUUCUCAUUGAUUGGUUGAUAGAGGUUCAUUAUAAAUUUGAACUGAUGGAUGAGACACUUUUUCUGACUGUUAAUAUUCUAGAUAGAUUCUUAGCAAGGAAGACUGUUGUCAGGAAGAAGCUUCAGCUGGUUGGAGUUACAGCACUGCUUCUUGCUUGCAAAUAUGAGGAAGUCUGUGUUCCAGUGGUAGAGGAUUUAAUUCUCAUCUCAGACAAGGCUUAUACCAGGGAAGAAAUCCUUGAAAUGGAAAGGUUGAUGGUCAACACAUUGCAAUUCAACUUGUCUGUGCCAACUCCAUAUGUUUUCCUGAGAAGAUUUCUCAAGGCAGCUGCAUCCGACAAAAAGGUAACAGUUUGUGCAACAAUUUAUGCUACGAAUAUUUGCAAAUCUAAAUCCCAUUGUUCUCAUGGAGCCGCCAUUUCCUAUUACCAAAACCAGCUUGAGCUGCUUUCAUUUUUCAUCAUAGAGCUUUGUCUGGUAGAGUAUAAAAUGCUCAAGUUCCAUCCCUCCUUGCUGGCUGCCGCUGCGAUAUUCACUUCGCAGUGCACUCUCCGAGGACACAAGUAUUGGACUAAAACAAGUGAGAUGCACACGACCUAUUCAGAGGACAAACUGCUUGAUUGUUGUAGGUUGUUGGUGGAUAUCCACCAAAAAUCAGGAACAGGUAAGCUCACUGGAGUUCACAGGAAAUACAGCACCUUCAAAUAUGGAUUCGCAGCGAAAACAGAACCCGCUGAGUUUUUAUUGGACACUAAUCUUUAGUUCCAAUUUGGCAUUUACUUAAGAGCAGCAUCCUACAUCUACUACCUAGUAAGUGUGAUCAGUGCGGGUUCAACAGGGAGAGUGCAAAUCCAUUAUGCAACUUAAGUUGCAGGAAUAAUUGUUGUGUGUUCCUUUGAUGACUAGACCUGUCAUGCUCUUAAGGUCUCUUAAGAUUUGGUUGAUUUAAGCUAAAGUUUGUAAUGUACAAAGAUUAUUAAUGUGUGUUAUUAGCAACAAGAACAUUAGCUAU